GGCGCGGAGCUGGGUGCGCGCCGAGCCUCAGCCUCCAGCCGCCUCCUCGCCCUCCAUUCCUCUCUCCCCGCCUUCCCUGGGCCUCGCCGCUGCCGCCGCCUCUCUGGGAAGGGUAGCAGGGGGCGAGGGGCUGGCGCGGCAGGAGCAGGCGGGGAGGCGCGGAGCGCCGGGCAUAGGGGAGCGCGCCCGGCCCUGCCCGGGAUCAGAUAACAGCGGGCGGGGGAGGGGGUCGGCCGGCCGCGCUCCCAGCCGGACCGAGGGACGGACGCCAGCCACACCGGCCAGAGGGAGCGCUCUGAGGCCGGGGGCGCCGUCCAGGCGCGCGCCCCCGACCCUCGGCUGGACCCUGCGAUCGGCGCCCCGGACCGACGCGCCGUUUGGCAUGGAGCGCCCCCGGGGGCUGCCCUGAGGCGGCGGCGGCGAUGCAGCCAGCGCAGCGGCUGCCGGGGCCAGGAACGGCUGCCCGGAGCUCGGAGGACGAGGAGCGCGCCGCGCCCGGGGCACUGACCGAGGCUGGAGCCCUGGACUAGAGUGCUGGGGACCUCCUGCCCCCCACGGCCGCGUCCUGGAACCUGGGUUCACAGGCUCUGUCUCCCGGGAGUGCAGAGGCGCCCACACGCCGCUGAAAGCAGCAGCCGCCUCCUGGAAGGGGCUUCCAGUGACUGAUUCCUCUCUGCCUGGUGCCUGGGAAAUGGCAGCCACUGCUAAUGCAGCCUUGAAGACAGCCACUUGUCCGCUCAGCUUACUUAGAAGAUAGGAUUCAAGAGGAGCUGAACCCCCCGAGAGGGCCUGGGGGUGAGCUGGGGUCCCCCCGCCCCCGGGAUGACUGCAGCUGGCCGGGCCAACCCCUACAGCAUCGUGUCAUCAGAAGAGGACGGGUUGCACCUGGUCACCAUGUCAGGUGCCAACGGCUUUGGCAAUGGCAAGGUGCACACGCGGCGCAGGUGCCGAAACCGCUUUGUCAAGAAGAACGGCCAGUGCAACAUCGAGUUCGCCAACAUGGACGAGAAGUCACAGCGCUACCUGGCUGACAUGUUCACCACCUGCGUGGACGUCCGCUGGCGCUAUAUGCUGCUCAUCUUUUCACUGGCCUUCCUUGCCUCCUGGCUGCUGUUCGGCAUCAUCUUCUGGGUCAUUGCUGUGGCCCAUGGUGACCUGGAGCCUCCUGAGGGCCACGGCCGCACGCCCUGCGUGAUGCAGGUCCAUGGCUUCAUGGCAGCCUUCCUCUUCUCCAUCGAGACGCAGACCACCAUUGGCUAUGGGCUGCGCUGCGUGACAGAGGAGUGCCCGGUGGCCGUCUUUAUGGUGGUGGCGCAGUCCAUCGUGGGCUGCAUCAUUGACUCCUUCAUGAUCGGCGCUAUCAUGGCCAAGAUGGCCCGGCCCAAGAAGCGGGCGCAGACUCUGCUGUUCAGCCACAACGCCGUGGUGGCACUGCGCGACGGCAAGCUGUGCCUCAUGUGGCGUGUGGGCAACCUGCGUAAGAGCCACAUCGUGGAGGCCCAUGUGCGGGCCCAGCUCAUCAAGCCGAGGGUCACAGAGGAGGGUGAGUACAUCCCGCUGGACCAGAUCGACAUCGAUGUCGGCUUUGACAAGGGCCUUGACCGCAUCUUCCUGGUGUCACCCAUCACCAUCCUGCAUGAGAUUGAUGAGGCCAGCCCACUGUUUGGCAUCAGCCGGCAGGACCUGGAAACGGAUGACUUUGAGAUUGUGGUCAUCCUGGAGGGCAUGGUGGAGGCCACGGCCAUGACCACACAGGCCCGAAGCUCCUACCUGGCCAACGAGAUUCUGUGGGGCCACCGCUUCGAGCCUGUCCUCUUCGAGGAGAAGAACCAGUAUAAGAUUGACUACUCACACUUUCAUAAGACCUAUGAGGUGCCCUCCACACCCCGCUGCAGCGCCAAGGACCUGGUGGAGAACAAGUUCUUGCUGCCCAGCGCCAACUCCUUCUGCUAUGAGAAUGAGCUGGCCUUCCUGAGCCGUGACGAGGAGGAUGAGGCGGACGCAGACCAGGAUGGCCCCAGCCCUCAGGCUAGGCACGACUUUGACAGAGCCCAGGCCGGCAUCAGUGGCACCCUUGAGCAGCGGCCCUACAGACGGGAGUCAGAGAUCUGAGCCGCCUUUGGCCAAGGUGCAGCAUCCGCCCUACCAGGGGGAGGCUUGGCGUCCCCGGAGGGCUCCGGGCUGGAGCAGAACGGGCCAGGUGCCCCGGUUGCAGACUCAGUAGUGUUCUAGAUGUUUUACGUUUCUUCACAAUGGCCUUGGAAGGUUGGCAGGAGUGGGUGGCUGGGGCGGGCAGCACCCAGCCUCAGAGGCCUGAGCGGGGGCAGGGCAGGGAGGUGGCCUCCUGGGGGCCAGGCCACAGGAGCCAGGGGCUUCUGCCUGGGGAUAGAGCUGCAGCCUGCACGGAAACAGCUCAACAGCCAUCCAGCCUCUGUGGGCCGAGGCUGCAGGCUGCAGGGCGCCUUCUGGGUUUAACUUGGGGAGAAACACUGGGUUUUGACUUUCUCAACUUUAGCUUGAGUGAGGCUGUUUACAAAAGAAAAAAAUUAACGUGAUUGAAAAAAAUUUUUUAAUUUUUUGGAGGUAAAAAGAGGACAAUUAGAAUUCCAUUGGUCUGCCGGGAUGCAAGCAGCUGGAUGGAAGCUCCAGAAGGUUCCCAGAAGCUGGAUGGGCCUCUCCUCCCCGAAGGCGGCCGGGCGGGGUGUGUGUGGGGGUGCUGGGUGGUGCGGCCUGCGGGGCAAGCACAGUGCUCACCGUGCUUCUUCAUGCUCACGGGCGGUGUAGAUUCCGUCUGUGAUCGCAAAACUGAGACCACGUUAGUGAUGGUAAUAAAAGCUUUCCAGUGUCAUAGAUGUGGGGUGGGGUUGGGAAAAAACCAGUUUGAGCUUUCUAAGUUGGACUGUAUCUAAGAGGUGCAUCUCAGGGCCGGAUAUGGGGCCGGAUAUGGGACCGGCCUGCCGUGGAGGGUCCGCCCUCCCCCCCCACCCCCAUUCUCCUGUUUUUCUUCUCUCUCCUUUGCUGCCCAGUGUUCUCUCCCCUUUCCACAGUGAGGGGCAGUUGGGAAAUGCAGGGGUGGGUGGCUCCGUGGGAAGGGAAGCCUGUUCCCAGACUCGAAGGGGAAGGAUCAGCGCCAUCCACCCGGGGCCUCAGUGGGAGAUGUGCCUUAGAGCCCCCGAGCCACCAGGCUCCAGUUGUUUUGGUUUUUACUGGACUCACCCAUCCUUCCCGCUGCGCCCAGCUCCGCCGCGGAGUCCUUGCCACCCCUCGGUCUGCAGAGGCCAGGCCGACUUGGCUCUCCCCCUGCACCCGGGGCAGCACAGGUGAGCAGGGGCGGGGGUGGCGGCAAGGACUGCCCUGCGGCUGAGCUGCAGAGAACAGCCUUGGGAAAGGCCCCGAGCAGUCAGUGAGGUGCCGGGAGGGGCACGCGCAUACAGGCACCCUGGUCAGGAGGUCGAGGCUGCCCAGCAUGGGCUUGUUCUUGGCAGAGGAGACAGCGGGCAGGGCUGGACCCUGGAGGGAGCUGGGGUCCUUCCCUGGACAGCCAAGAAUGUUGUCCCUCCAAGUGACCAGGCCCGUCAGGAAGUCAGUAGAGUGCCCGUGUCUCCCCGGCCUGCCUCCCAGGCUGCUCCAACCGGUACCCCUGAGACAGCUCACAAUCAGAGGGUGCUAGGGACUCUGCCUCAAGUGGGGAAACUGAGGCAGUGUGCAAGGUCAUGCAGCAAGUAGGUGGGGUUCAGGAGGCCGAGGGAGGCCCGGGGCCUGGGCUGGGGCCUCCUGCCCCUCCCCUCCUCCUCCAGCCCUCAUGGCAACUGGAGACCUGGCCCUGGAGGGUCUGGCAAGGCUCUCAGUCCCCUCUGAGAGACACCUCUGCCUGAGCCUGGAGGUAGGCCUGACUCCAGGCGCCGGCCCUAGCCGCAGCCCUCACCCUGAUUUCUGGCCAAGAAGACUCAGCGCGAGGCAGGCCGAGGCAGCCCUUCCUCAGAAUGUGCUGGGGACUGGCUGCUGGGGCUGGGGUGGAGUCCGUGUGGGCGCUCACCCACCAUCCCCUCCUAGAGCGUCAGGCUGACCCAGGGAGGGACGAGGGGGCCUUGGUCACUCAGGGCUGGCAUGCAGACCUGCGCUGCACUCUGCCCAGCAGCCAGAGAUCCUCCAGGGCCUGGUGGGCCAGACUUCCGCUCACCCCAUCCAGAGCAGAGCCCUGGGCCCAGGAUCCCCAAGGCCCUGGUGCACAUCUGCUCGGGUCUGUCCCCUUCCCAGGCCUGCACCAGGCCCUGUCGGGGAGCGGUGCGAGCUACCCUUCCUCUCUCGCCAAAGGCAGGUGCUGCCAUCUCAGACCCUCCUGCCCUCUGCUUUCCUCCCUGGAUUUGUUUGUUUGUUUAUUUAUUUAUUUAUUUAUUGCUUGUGCUAAAGACCAAAAUCGUCUUCCACUUUAGUGCACUUGAAAACGGGAGGGCGGUUGGGAGGAGCCGAGCGUUUGCAGAGGAGGAUCCUGUGGUCCCUGGGGAGUGUGUGCGUGUGUGCCACGUGUGCCCGUGUGUGGAGAGCAUGUUAACCCACUGUGUGUGUGGUAUGCUGUGUGUGGUGUGUGUGCUGAGCACAGGUGAGUGUGGAGCACUUGUGCACAUGUGCGUGCAUUUGUGUGGCUGGUGAGUGUGUAUGUGUGUGUAUGUGGUGUGUGGUCUGUGUGCCGUGCAGGGUGAGUGUAUUAACCUGCUCCCGCCCUCGCCCACCUGGCAGUUUCUCGACAGCCCAAAGCAGGAGGUGCGGAGGUCGAAGUGGCCAAGGACGUGGCGACGGCACCUGACCCCCGGGACGCUGAGCUGCUUGUAUGGGAGAAGUGUGAGUGUGAGUGUGCACGCACCAGUGUGUGGAGCCGCCAUUUGUGUGUGAGUGAAAUGUGUGCAAUUACGGCUCUGCCUGUAAGUGAACGCACGUGUGCCUUCAUCGUACAUGGGGGUGUUGUACAGAUGUGUGCAUACGAUGAUCUCUAGAUGUGUGAGUCUGGGCCGACAGUACGUAUAUGUGAUAUGUACAUACACACAUGCACAGUUCUGUGUAUAUUGACACGAAAUCCAUAGGGGUGUGUGUGUGUCAUAUAUGCGGGCGUUGGUUUAAAUGUUUACCGGGCCGUGAGGCUGGGCACACACACAAUGAUGGACUCUGGCUGUGGACCCUGGCAGUAGCCCCACUGGCCCUCUGCUCUGACCAUGUCCAUGUGGGCGUGCACAGAGCCCGUGGGCCAGUGUGAGGCUCCCACACACCUGGGCAUGAGGUGACAUCCACACGUGUAUGUGAGGACACAGCAUCCAAGGUGAUCGCUUGCACACAGAUUGCGUGUAGGAGGCCGUGUGAGCGUGCCCUGUGAACAAGGAUGUCCAUGUGGUCAUUUGGGCGGCAGCUGCGCCAGGCUCCGUGAGCGGGACUGGGGUCUGCCUCCUGGGGGCAGUGCGUGUGCGCUUGUGUGAGCAUGUGUGGUCCCAGAGGUGUGUGCAUGAAAUGUCAGUGGGGGUGGUGUCCAUGUGCACCCCAUGUGUGCCUUCCGGCCGCCCCCGUGCCCACUGGUGCUGUGCUGCAGUCCCUGCCCGCUGUGCGUCCCCGCGGGGCGAGGGGGGGCCUGGUGGGCAGGAGGCCCCUGCACAGGGGUGUCUGCCCUCCCUGAGGCCACAGAAUGUCAAAUCUAUUUUAAAUGAGAAAACUGGAGAAUUUUCAUGUUAUGUCCAAUACAGAGCGUUAUCUAAAGACAUAGGCCAUGAGACUAGACGACAUUAAAUGCGUUUGAU